UAAAAUCAAUGAUUUCCAAACUAAGUCUGCUUUUUUGAAAAUUAAUUACAAGUAUUUGAUUUUAAUUUAAAACCAGCAUCUAUUCUUAGAUUUUUAAGGACGGCUGGGAAACUUACAAUUUAAAUUUUUUAUCGCGUUAUCACGAAGGCUAGAUAUAAGGACGCUCGCUAUUGGGUUUCCAGCUGUUGUGUCGUACAGAAAAUACCGUAAAGAUUUUAGUUCGCUAUUGGCCACUAGAUUGCAGCUAAAUAGCGGAGGUCCCCUUUGGGCUAGUAUAAUAAUUUAAAGAAUAAUUUAAAGGAUUAUUUUAUGUAAUUUUUAAUUAUUUUAGGAUUAAAUUUGAAUAAAAAUGGUGAAGUGUUGUGCUGUUUUAAAUUGUUUGAGUGGAAAAAAAAGAGCGAAAGAAAAAUAAUGACUCCAAUCUUCGACAGAUUUCUCCAUUUAAAAUUCCACAAGAUGCCGAUAAAUUGUGCAAAUGGAGCUUAGCAUUAUGUCAACAUUUGACACCAGAUUGCGAGUUACAUUUUUCGGACGAUGACAUUAUUAAAAAAGAUAUGCUACCAAUAUUUAAUCAAGAUACUUGUAUUUCGAAUCGAAAGAAAUAUACAAUAAAUCCGAAUGCCAUUCCGAGAGUUGAUAGAAUUCCAAAUGUCGUGGAAGCCGCGAAUUCGCAAAUAGAUCCUGAUAAUGUACUUCUAACGGCUAGACCUCCUGAAGUUGAAACUUCCAAUAGUACUCAGGAUCUUAAUGGAACACAAAACGGGUGAAAAAUUGUUUACUUAAUUCUUAUUAUUUAUUUCAAUAAAUUCCAUUCAACGGUAAUAAUAAGGUUUCUGAUGAAGAUAAAAAUUCUCCUCAAUCAUCACCAAUUCCUAAGAAGAAGUAUAAGCAAUACACAUCAGAUUCGACAGUUCUAAGACUUUCUUCAUGUCUAAUAUUCCAAAUAAUUUCAAAUUCCAUUGAGGACAUUUAAUCGAUGGCAGGCCAAUGGUUUUUUCUCGGAUGAUGAGAAUACAGCUGAAAAUCAACAUGGAGCAUCAUGUAUUCUCGAAGAGAAUUGUGUUACAAAUAAUAAUAGCGCAAUGGAUGAUUCAAAUAUUUUACUAAGCGAUGUAUCAGAUAUUGAUAGUGUUUCAAGUAUGAGUACCAAUGAAGACGAAGAUAAAAAUGAGGAUUUAGAUAAAGAUCAUUGUAGUGAAAGUCGGGAAUCAGAUAGCGACUACAAUGAUGAAGUUAUGAAUAAUAAUGGUGAAUACGAGGAUGAUGAUGAUGAUGUCGAAUUUAAUUAUAAUAUUUUGAACGAAAGAGAAGAAAUAAUAAAUGCCGAUAGAGUUGAAAGAAAUAUGCUGUUGCCUAACAAUACAGUGGCCGUAGAUGAAUUUGUAUUAGAUUUACUAAAUUUACACAUUAAGCAUAGCAUUACUAAAUCUGCAUUAAAAGAUGUAUUAAAAAUUCAGCUCAAACAUUUGCCAGAUGAUAAUGAAAUGCCAAAAUCACUAUUUAAACUCUUUCAAUAUGCAAAAGAUAUUGCUCCUCCUUGUAAAGUUAUUAGAAAUUAUUAUUGUAAAAAAUGUUUAUUCAAAGUUGAGGUUGCAAUUUUAGGCAAAAAGGAAGUAAAAAAAUAUUCUCUGUGCAAGACAGAUCAAUCUUCAGAUAUUGGAUUUUUCCAUGAAUUUGAAGUUUCAGAUCAAAUAAGAUUUCUUUUUGAACAAAAUAAUCUAGCUGACAAAUUGAAACGUACUCGAGCACCUACUGGAAAUAUUUCAGACAUAACUGAUGGGACGGAAUAUAUUCGAGUAAAUACGAGGGAUAAUAAAGGUCCAUAUGAUUUGACACUCAUACUAAACACUGAUGGUUUAUCUCUCGUCAAGAGCGCAAAAAGCCACUGUUGGCCACUUAUGUUUACAAUUGCCGAGUUACCUGAAAAUAUAAGAGACAAAUUCAUAAUCGUAAUAGGAUUGUGGUAUGAUGAUAAAUGUAAACCAUCGAUGAAUCUUUUCCUCAAGCCGAUUUUUGAUAAACUCAAACAAGGCUUUGUUGACGGUAUUGACUGGAUUAAUCCAAGAACUGGACAAGUGACAAAUUCAAAAAUUGUAACUCCGUUAAUUAUAGCGGAUGCACCAGCAAGAGCCCAAAUACAAAAUAUUAUGUCUUUUAAUGGCCGUUACGGAUGCAAUAUUUGCGAAAUUCGGACGGUGAAAAGUAAACGCAUUGCUGGCACGAAAACUUCACGCAUUUUUCCAUACAAAAUUGACUGUAAAUUAAGAAUUGGAAAGAGAAUGGAAGCUCAAGCGAAAAUACUAUUAAAAAAAAAAAUGAUACAACUCAAAUUCGUGGGGUAAAAGGAUAUUCUGCUGUAUCUUGUCUUCCUCUAAUUGAUCUUGGAACAUGCGUUCUACCCGAAUUCAUGCAUUCAGUCUUACUUGGUGUCGUUAAACAAAUAAUUGGUCUUUGGUUUGGAAAAAAAGCGCUUUGGAGUUUAAAAGAUAAAAGUGAUGAAAUUGACGCUUUUAUGCUAAAGAUACGACCACCGCAAUCAUUUUCAAGAUUACCCAGAAAAUUAUCAGAGUAUAAUCUAUUCAAAGCAUCUGAAUUUUACAAUUUUUUGUUAUUUUACUCCAUUCCAUUGCUUAUUUCCUAUUUGCCAGCGGAAUAUUUUCAACAUUGGUUAUUGUUGGUAAAGGCAAUUUUCAAUUUAACUAAGUCUACAAUAACACAAGCUGAUCUCGUAGAAGCGGAUAACUUACUGAAAACGUUUGUAUCAGAAGUUGAAAAGUUGUAUGGUGAUUGACAAU